AAAUCAGUCUUACUCCUGCUUAAGGAUUUUCUCCUUGGAGGCAGAUUGCACUUCACACCUUUCACGUUGUCAUGGACCAUGUGACAAAGGAGUUUAAAUUCAGGGGGGCAAGAGAAGAAUUGGAAGCAAUACUGGAACACUGUCUGGGAGAACACUAUUUGAAGCUGCAUUGACCUGAAGGCAAGAAAGUUCAUUUUGUCACUUGGAGCAGGCGUUUCGCUUUUAAAAAAGUGAAGAUUCAAACUAAUACAAAUAGAAACUUGAAGAAUCUGCCACAAUGAAUGUGACAAACGGAGUCCACAUCUACAAUGACGGAGGCCUCUCGGGCAAUAGCAGCAUGAGCGACACCCCCGUUUUCAGAGCCGUGAACAUGGUCAUAAACUUUCUGAGCAUUGCCAUUCUCUUCAUCGCAAUGAUUUCGCUCGGCUGCACCAUGGAGAUCUCCAAAAUCAAGGCGCACAUCCUCAAACCCAAAGGCGUGGCUAUUGCGCUGCUGGCCCAGUUCUUCGUCAUGCCCCUCUCAGCCUUCUCUCUGGCUAAAGUCCUGCAGAUGGAUCCUAUAAAGGCAGUGACUGUGCUCAUUUGUGGCUGCUGUCCUGGAGGGACCUUAUCAAACAUCUUUGCUCUGAUUGUGAAAGGUGACAUGAAUCUUAGCAUCGUCAUGACAACGUGCUCCAACUUUGCCGCUCUGGGUCUGAUGCCUUUGCUGCUCUGCAUCCUCUGCCAAGGCUUUCCCGGGCUGCAAAACGCCGUGCCGUACGUCGGCAUCGUCACCACCCUCCUCUGCACCCUGGUAGCCUGCACGAUUGGCAUUCUCAUCAACCACUACAAACCAAAAUACUCACCGAUCGUGAAUAAAACGGGUAUGUGGAUUCUCCUGAUCUCCUCCAUCGGUCUCCUUGCUCUGUCGGCCUAUGUUGUGAAGGACGUCCUAUGGAUGAUUGUCAUGGUAGAUGUCCUCACUACGGCAGCUUUGAUGCCGUUGAUCGGCUUCACACUGGGAUAUGUUGUGUCUGUCAUCUGUAAGCUCAGCCCAAAAUGCAGCAGAACUGUCUCCAUGGAAACAGGCUUUCAAAACAUCCAGCUGUGCACCGCCAUCCUCAAGGUGGCCUUUCCUCCACAGGUCAUUGGCCCCAUGUUCCUCUUCCCUCUGAUUUACGUGGCGUUCCAGUGCGGCGAGGCUCUUCUCAUGGCCCUUUGUUUCACGUUGUACCAAAGACUAAAGCCACCAGCUGGGGAUAAAGACGCAAACAUGCAUGCUGACGCCAAACAAGAGGAGGAGGAGGAGAAAAAGCACCUUCAGGAGCAUCAGGAGUGGUCAGCAGAAGACGACUACAGAAGAGAUUAACCAUAAAUUAUUCAUUCUGGACUAAAGACUAGCUAAAUAGCCUGUAGAGACUCAACAACAUGGGAUCUGUGUAUUUAUAUAAAAUCAACAGUAAAACAUUUUCUUAGUUAAUUCGUUUUUUGAAUUAGUUUCUCAAAUUUAACUUGAACAAUUAUAGUUAGUGUGAGAAAAAAAAAAGAUGGACAAAGCUUUGGCAUGUCAAAUUAUAUUUAAUCAAACUGAUGGGAUAUAUACAGAAUAAACACAAUGUAAACCUUUUUUUUUAAAUAUUAAAAUACUAUCUUCACGAACAAAUCCAAAAAAUAAUUACUCAAUCCAAAUAGUAAAAUAAACAGGCAGUCAAAAAAAAAAAAAA